CACCGUGAACGCCCCAGCCCACGCACGCCCGCUAACCCGUCUCCGACAGCCAACUUUUCGUCACCGAAAACUCCCAAUCCACACAUCAUGUCUCACGAGUCGGUCUGGUACUCCCGCCCUAGGACCUACGGCAAGGGCUCCCGCGAGUGCCGCGUGUGCACCCACCCCGCCGGUCUGAUCCGCAAGUACGGCCUCAACAUCUGCCGUCAGUGCUUCCGCGAGAAGGCCGCCGACAUUGGCUUCGUCAAGCACCGUUAAAUGUAUCCACGAUUCCACGACCGGAGGAACGCGGCGCAACGGCGCGAGGAUCCCCGCCACGACGCGGCCCGCGCUCGCACGAGCAGACUAUGACGGGCGCGUCGUAUGGGGAUGGACGCGGGCGGUUCGGGGUCUUGUGAGAGGCGCCGGGCGCCGGAGGCGUCGUGUGGCUGCUAGAACAAAAUGACAUCCUGAUACCAAUGCAAGGGUGCUGGCUGUGACUCGAACGUGCUAUGUGCCGUGGCGUGAAGAGGGGUGGGUGUGGUGAUGUGCAGUGGAUGCUGAUGAGGUGCUUGGGAUGCUAAUAAGGUGCAUAGGAUGAUGAGGUGCUUGGGAUGCUAAUACGGCGCAUAGGUUGA